AUGAAAAUACUUUUGGACAAAGUGAUCGAAUACUUCAACUUGGAAGAGGUGAAUCGAGUGUUGGUUAAGACGAAUUGGAGCCUGGAGGAUCUGCAGAGGGGAUAUUUGGUAGGUUUUGGGGGUUUUUGAGAUUUUUGGGGAUCAAUAUUGGGUCCCGCAGCGAAAACUUGAAACAGCUCAAAAUAAGUCGCAGAGUGUGUUUUAUGCAUGUUCUAACCCUCAGGAACAAAUACGAACACAUUGGUGGCAAAAAUCAAUAAAUUUUACAUUUUUAGGUCCCACCACGAAAACUUGAUUUCCCUCAAAACUUGAUGGGUGAUUGAAUUUUCUGACUCCAAAGACUCUCUAAGCUUCUAAAAAAAGCAUAGGACCUGCUUUAUUAUCCGACCAAAUUUCCCAAUUUAUUUUUUGGUCCCACCACGAAAACUUGAUUUUCCUCAAAAUUCAUGGAAGAUUGGAUUUUCUGACUCCAAAGACUCUCUAAGCUUCUAAAAAAAGCAUAGGACCUGCUUUAUUACCCGACCAAAUUUCCCAAUUUAUUUUUUGGUCCCACCACGAAAACUUGAUUUUCCUCAAAAUUCAUGGAAGAUUGGAUUUUCUGACUCCAAAGACUCUCUAAGCUUCUAAAAUAGUUUUAGCAUCUCAUUUAUUACACCCACCGACCAAAUUUCCCCAUUUAUUUUUGGGUCCCACCACGAAAACUUCUGAAAAAUUCAAUUUUGAGUUUCAGCUUACCAGCUCCCCUACAUUUCGAUGUAUCGGAGUGAAGAAUGAACUCACACUUCUUCAUGUUGUUGGCACUUUAUUUCCGGAUUUGUCAACGAUUUCCGAUAAACUUCGACAAUCUUUGUUGGAGUCAUUGGUUGGAAAUAACAAUAAUAACAGUUAUAUUGGAGAUGUGAACAUGUCAGCGAGCACUUCAAGUGCUCCGGAAAUAGGUAAGAAAAAUUGGUAGUUAUAGUGGGGAAAAUUUUGGGGGAUUUUUUUUUGAGAAGAAAUUUUGGAAAAAAAAGUAAAGUUUAUGGCAAAAAAAGGAUGAUAAAUCGCAAAAUCUUGAGAUUUUUUUGCCAAAUAUGCCCUUAAUUUAUUGGAAAUUGAAUAUUUUUUACACUCUGAAAAUUAAAUUUUUCCUAAAGCACGUUUCUUUGUCAAAAAAAGUGGAAAAAUGAGUCAAGCCCACUCCUAAAUCAAUGUCUUGAUCUCGGCUUGAAGAUUCGCUUCCAGAACUCCAAUUUGACCUGAUUGCAGAGCCCCAGGUGGAGGGAACAGCCGUCUCGGAGGGCGCCUCUUCCAGCAGGACCUCGUCCACUUGUCCUCCUCCCAUCAGCCCACUCGAGGUCAGCUCAACGGUAGCGGCCGAAAGGUCCGAAAAGGUGGGUCGCAAAGAGUUUUUCCAGAAAUUUGCUGGGGCUUUAGGGAUUUUAUUAUCUGGUAACGCUAAUUUUGCGGGAUUUAGAGGGGAUUUAAUACAAAAAAAUAUAAUUUUUUGGCGAAUAUAGAAAAAAUAGCCGAUUUCCGGCCGAAAAUUGAGUGAAAUUUCUAUUGAAAAUUUUCAAAUCAAACUGAAAUUUUGACAGUAGCAUUUUGUCACUUUACACUUGAUCUAUGCAAAAUUUCAGCUAGAUUGAUUAAGUCUGAGAUACUUUUCUUUCAAAUUUUUAUAUUAUCCAUGACAAAAAAAUGAAUUUUUUUUUUCAAAUUUAAUCCAUAAAUCAAGUAGAUUUGGUUAGUUUCAAAUAUUUUACAGCUCAAAAUAAAUUUUCAACAUCAAAAUUAGUCUUUUUCACCAUCUAAAAUCAUCAAUUUCCCCUAAAACAAUAUAAUUUUCAGCUUCGAAUUUUCAAAUCGACGAAACGUCGUGUCCAAUGUCAGACUUGUGGCCGGAGUUUUUGUGACAAAGGCGCGUUGAAGAUCCACAAUAGUGCUGUGCAUCUGAAGGAGACGCACACUUGCACCGUUGAGGGAUGCGGGCGCGUUUUUUCGUCGCGCCGCAGCCGCAACCGCCACUCCGGAAAUCCGAAUUUGCAUACCGCGUUGACCAUGAAACGACAAAUGAAUUCGAGUAUUGAGCAGACCCUACAAUGUACAGUACCCAAUUUUAUGGUGAGGAUUUUUUGAAAAUGUGAAAAUUUUCUAAAAAUUGAAUUUCAAAUUUCCCGCCAAAUUGGCAAAGCCUUUGGCAUUGAAUUUUAUGCUGAUUUUUGGUUGUAAAUAAAUGUGAAAAUACAUUUUAUGACUUUUAUAAUGUAAUUUACCUUUAGCCUGCUGCGAAUUCCAAUGUUAUGUCGCUUUUCUCACGACUGGCCUCUCCCAUCGACGAAAAUCAUCGGCAAUCUCCAAACAAGUCGACUUCAUCAACUCCAUCAAGUGUCUGCGAUGAGACUGUCAUCUCAAAGUAUGUUUUUCACUGACUGAAAAAUUUAUUUGUCUGCACAGUACUGGAAAAUCAGCAAAAAAUCGAUUGCACAGUGCGUAAAAUAAAAAAAGUUCAAUAUUUUCCGCAAUGCAAUGGGGAAAUUUUCAAGACGGUAUACAUACUGAUAGACUAGGCCAUUUUUGUUUUAUAUAUUCGAUAAAACUUUCACAAUUUUGCUUCAUACGACAAAUGAAAGCGAUUUUAUUAAAUUCUGCACAGUGCAAUCGGAAAAAUACCAAUUGCACAGUGCAGAUUUUAAAAAAUUCAAAUUUUUGGAUUGUGCGGCGAAUGUAAAUUUCCAAUUUACAACUGGGAUGUGAAAAUAGUGUAUUUCAGUCAAUUCUGCAUUGUUUUCGAAUAAAAAAUCGUCGACGCACUGUGCAAAAUCAGCCGUUUACUUUCGGCUGCACUGUGCAACAUUUUCUCAAUUUUUUCCCUCCAAAAACCUUAUUUUUGAAUUUCAGCAAAGCCAUGAAUGUUGAUGAAAUGUCGAAACAGUUGGAGAGAGUGCGUCAGAUCUUCAACUUGACCCAGAAUCCCUCCGUUCUCAUCAAUUAA